UUGACAUGCUAACACUGAACGUGUCCGAGUCCGAGCUAUUUUUAUCCCAGUUACAACUCCAAAGUUUAGUGUUUAGUCCAUGAAAUAACGUUAGCUAAUGGUAUUUUAAAAGCAAUUAUAAUAAUAAUCAAAUAGACCACCAUUAAUAUAUUCGCAAUAAUGAUAAAUGUCUAAGAAAACAAGUGAUAUCAAUUACCUUUUGUUGUAAACUGAUAAUAAUUACUUUUUGGUUUAAUAUUAUUAAUUAUUUGUGUGUGUCGGUCAGUUAGUGAUCAGUGUCAUGUGCCAGCAGGAACGUUGUGGCCUACUAUUCGUUUGUCAAAGUGUCGAUGUUUUCGUGGAAUAAUUUAGUGAAUGUUUUGGCUAGAUUGUUGGGAAUCUAUAGGACAGCAUUAAGCAUUGAGGGUACGACAAUGGGUGAUCGGGUGGAACCACAAGUUCCCGGGCCCGAUUUGGUUGGUGUAAAUGUGGAAAGGCCGCCUUUAGUACAUCAACAGUCCACAGUAUGGAACAGAAGACAGAAUGCAGUUAGUGUAAGGCACGCGUACAAACACUAUGGCUCGAAGAAGAAACCCAAUCAUGUGUUGAGCGAUUUAAACAUGACCGUAGGCAAGGGAACAAUAUAUGGUUUGUUGGGCGCAUCAGGUUGUGGGAAAACGACUCUCUUGUCCUGCAUCGUGGGAAGGCGGCGACUCAACACUGGAGAAAUAUGGGUGCUGGGAGGAAAACCAGGUACAAAAGGUUCGGGAGUACCGGGUAAACGCGUUGGUUAUAUGCCUCAGGAAAUAGCUCUUUACGGAGAAUUCACAAUCAAAGAAACGAUGAUGUACUUUGGAUGGAUCUUCGGUAUGGAGUCGAAAGAAAUUUACGAAAGACUGCAGUUUUUACUUAACUUUUUGGAUUUACCUAGUCAAAAUCGUAUGGUUAAGAAUCUUAGUGGUGGUCAACAACGAAGAGUGUCGUUUGCGGUUGCUCUAAUGCACGAUCCAGAACUUUUAAUCCUUGACGAACCCACUGUUGGUGUGGAUCCUUUGCUUAGGCAAAGUAUAUGGAAUCACCUUGUACAAAUCACAAAGGACGGCAACAAGACAGUCAUAAUUACAACACAUUACAUUGAAGAAGCUAGGCAAGCACAUACGAUUGGCCUUAUGAGAAGCGGUAAGCUUCUGGCAGAAGAAUCCCCGCAAGUUUUACUAUCGAUGUAUCAAUGUACGUCCUUAGAAGACGUAUUUUUAAAACUAUCUAGGAAGCAAGUUCAAGUAGGGGCGGCAGCUAAUGACCAAAAUAUGGCUAAUAACAUAAGUUUAGCUACACUUAAUUGGUCCAAGAAAGAAUCCAUCUCCGUGACGGAGGAGAGUGGAGUGGUCGGCUUGAAUUUCCACCAAAGCAAAGAAGUUCUUGUUCCUGAUAGCAACGGACAUUUAGAUAUUGGAAAACCACCUUCUUCGGCAACUCAUGGCAUCAAAGAAGCAUGUGACGACUGUAGUAACUGUUCAGAUUUCACAACGACGGGAAAACUUCGAGCCCUUCUCCAAAAAAAUUUCCUCAGAAUGUGGAGAAAUGUCGGGGUGAUGUUAUUCAUCUUCGCUCUACCUGUGAUGCAAGUUAUCCUCUUCUGUUUGGCCAUCGGAGGAGAUCCCAAAGGACUUAAACUAGCCAUAGUAAAUCACGAAAAGAACUUUACGAAUUUGACUUAUCAGGAAUGCGAGUAUGAAAAAGGCUGUAAAUUCGGCAACUUAAGUUGUCGAUACGUAGACACAAUAAAUACAACGACGAUCAUCAAACAAUAUUAUGCGACACCGGAAGAAGCCAAGGAGGCGGUUAGAACAGGCAAUGCGUGGGGUGCCUUGUACUUUACCGAGAACUUUACCGAUGCCCUGGUAGCUAGGAUGGCAUUAGGGAAAGACGCAGAUGAAGAAACGUUAGAUCAGAGCGAAGUGAGAGUUUGGCUGGAUAUGUCAAAUCAACAAAUAGGUAUUAUACUUCAACGAGAUCUUCAGCUGGCCUUCCAAAACUUUACGAAAGAUAUAUUCAGGGAUUGUGAGUAUAAUGAAGAAUUAGCCGAGAUACCUAUAUCUUUUAAGGAACCUAUCUAUGGUUCUAACCAGCCGUCCUUUACAGACUUCGUAGCACCUGGUGUAAUAUUAACGAUCGUGUUUUUCUUGGCGGUAGCUCUGACAUCCUCUGCCUUAAUUAUAGAAAGAAUGGAAGGAUUAUUGGAUAGAUCUUGGGUAGCUGGUGUUACACCAGGAGAAAUUCUAUUUUCCCACGUAAUCACUCAGUUCGUGGUAAUGUGCGGUCAAACAACUCUGGUACUUAUUUUCAUGAUCAUCGUGUUCCAAGUUGAAUGCAAGGGAGAUAUCAUCCUUGUCGUAAUAAUUACGAUUCUACAAGGAUUGUGUGGUAUGUGUUUCGGAUUCGUCAUCUCUGCCAUCUGUGAGCUAGAACGAAACGCAAUUCAGCUGGCGCUAGGUAGCUUUUACCCAACUCUUCUGUUGAGCGGUGUCAUUUGGCCGAUAGAGGGGAUGCCAACGGUGCUCCGAUAUAUAUCCACCUUCCUGCCUUUGACCUUGGCCACGACUUCAUUGAGAUCCAUGAUGACUAGGGGUUGGUCCAUAGGAGAACCCGAUGUCUAUUACGGAUUUAUAGCUACAAUAGUAUGGAUAGUACUAUUUUUAACGAUUAGUUUACUGGUGCUAAGAGCUAAGAGGGGUUGAAAACCAUGUUUUGCUAUUUAGUAAAUUUUUUACCGCGUGGGAAAUUUUGUAUCUAUAAUUCUACUUUUUAAUAAACAGAUCAGAUUUAAAAACUCUAUUUAAUUGUUUGGAAGGGUGUUUUUGCAAAUCCAGUAAAUACAGCCAAAAAUUGGUUUAAGUGACGGACAGUAAAUCUAUGUUAUAAACUUGCCCCCUUAAAUACUGUAAGUACUAGUAUUAAUUUAAUUUUUGUAUAUUUUUUACUCAUUGCGCGUACUGUCUUUAUGCGAUGUUAGGUAAAUUUUUUAAGGAAUACUAAAAUCAAACCUUAAAUUUAAUAGGUAUUAACACAAUAUCGUCGUCAGGCCAAGAAUAAUAUUAAACAAAAAUAUUUACAUUAUCAUAGUGGUUAUAUUUAAUUACACACAAAUGACGACAAAUCGCAAUUUGUUGUGUAUUAGUGCUGGUUCUAAAGUGCAUUCAGCAGCUUUCUUCCAGAUCCAUUUGUCCAAAACGCGUUGCUUGCAAAAUAAUUUUACUUAAUCUGUAAUCUUAUAAGCAUUAAUGUAUACCUCUUAUUGACCUUUUCUCAAAUGUUAAAUAUCAUUAUAACCAGAAUAAUAUUACAUUCUAUAUUUUAUAAUAUUGCUGCUCGAUAUCCGUUGCCUGUUGACGGCAUUUAUGUUCAGAUCAGUCUCUUAAGUUAUGCAACCAGAAUCAUGCUUUGUACCAUUCCUCUAACUUGUUCUAGUCACGGAUUAAUUCGCAAUGAACGUAAACGUUGAAGAGUAUAUGUUUAUUUUCUUUUGUCGUUGCAUAGAAUAAAAGCAUCUUAAAGAAUCGCAGCAUUAUCAACUUGGUCUUUUUCGUCUUAUAUGAGUUAAAAAAUCAGUUAAAGCUUACUGUAAUUCACUCUUAUUCAGUAUGCUACAUAUAUUAUUAAUCAAACACAUUUUUUUUUAUCUUGAAAUAAAUUAGCUGCUUGGUUAUUGCAUAUAUGGUCAUUUUUCCUUUGGUGUCAUAUGCUAGGCAGCUUAGAGGCGUUCACGCUAGUUGUUGAAUGCAUAGAUAUCCCCUUCUUCCCUUCGAAUUACUAUUGUUCU